CUCUUCAUCACUUGAAUCGGGUACUGGUAGAAUCAUUUCCUCAUUUUCUAUGUCUUCUCUCAUCACUUCGAAGUUGCAAGGAGAGGAUGUUCAUUGCGUCGAGAGAGCUACCAAUUAUAAAACCUGGUAGAGUUCCAUCUAUAAAUGAACUCGUAGGUGCUAUAAACAAUCUCCGUGCAUUGUACACUUCUACAGUUGCUGGUAUCAAAGUUUCGAAUCCGACGCAGGGCGUUGAAGGCUGGUCAUCUAUAACGGCGAAUGAUGAUGGUAAGAAUGUAUACGCCCAUGAUAUACCAGUAGAAUACGAAGUUGAGAGCGACGACGACACAUUUGAGCGUCGCUGGUCAAGCAAUUGGCUCACGAGGUUUAUAGCCAUAAGCGAGGAAUGGAUGGCAGAGGUUGAAGGUACAGAGGAGUUCAACACCCGUGAAAGAGUCGUCGAAAUGGCAGCAGCAGCUUUGGCUUGUGUAGCAGGCAUGUCCGCCGCUGGUCCUAUCGAUAGGACAUUCUCUUUUAUUUCUAGAGAUAGAUUUGAUAUCGUCAUGCAUGAUAAAACGAUAAACGGCCACCAGGAUGUGGGCGCACAAACUUGGGGUGCAGCUGUACAUUUAUCUAGGUUGAUAUGUAGACAUCCAGAAUAUUUCGGUAUCAAAUCGGGUGCUAGAUUGCUCGAAGUUGGUGCAGGUACUGGUUUAGUCGGUAUUGUAGCAGCGAAAGUAAUAGAACAGUUGGGUUAUAUAGAUACCACUGAGAUAAUCUUAAGUGAUUAUCUUGACGACAUUAUAGAGAACUUGAGGAAGAAUGUCCAUAACAAUGGAAGUGAAACCAAAACAUCAGUCAUACAUCUUGAUUGGACAGAACCGGAUAAAGGAUUGGGCAAAUUUGACACAAUGUAUGGUGCGGAUGUAUGUUAUGACCUAAAUCAUGCAUAUCUUCUCCACAAGGCAGCUUCGGAGUUAUUAUCAAAGGAGGGAACAUUCCAUAUACUCAUCGCACUGAGACGGACACACAUUGGUAUGAAGGAAAGCGUUCAGGAUGCCUUCAGCGGGAAGUUUGUCCAACCUGAUGGAGAUGCUUUGUGUAUUGAUAAGGAAGACUACUUUGAUGUCGAAAAGGGUCUCGGAAGGGCUGAUGAAACUGGAUACGUUCGUUUUGAGAUUAGAUGGAAAUCAAAAAUUUUCACUUCACAAAAUAGCCAAUAGAGGUUGUUUUGUCUCUCGUUUGAGUUUAUUUAUAAAAUAUUUUUUUGUUUUAGGGGAAAUAGAUUUAUUUUGCAUUUUCG